CGACUGGGCGGGAUGGAGUGGGCUGCGGUGAGCUGAUUCGACGCGGCCUCGCCACCGGGACUGCAGCCGCCCCGGCGCGGUCGCGGGGCGGGUAACCCUGGUGAGCCGUGGGACCGAGGCCGGGAUUUCGCCAAAGGCCCAGCAUAACGUGGGACCAUCGCUAUGGAAACCGGGGCGCUGUACCGGCGGGGACUGUGGCUCCGGGACCGUGACUGCUCCGCGGCCUCCCCCCAGAGACCCUCGCCCGAGACUCGGCGCCGCGGCCGCUUCCCCAACGAACCCGCCAGCCCUCCUGCGGCCGAGAGUUUCCCAAGCAGCCAGAUGCAGGCCUCCCGCCUCAGCGCCUUCUGAGCCCCCGCCUUGAUGAGCGCAGCCUCGUGUGCCUUCCCGGUCCAGUUCCGGCAGCCGUCGGUCAGCGGCCUCUCGCAGAUCACCCGGAGCCUGUACCUCAGCAACGGCUCGGCCGCCAACAACAAGCUGCUGCUGGCCAGCAACCAGAUCACCUCGGUCGUCAACGUGUCCGUGGAGGUCACCAACACGGUCUACGAGCACAUCGAGUACAUGCACGUGCCCGUGGCCGACGCCCCCAGCUCGCUGCUCUACAGCUUCUUCGACCCCAUCGCCGACCACAUCCACGGCGUGGAGCUGAAGCAGGGCCGCACGCUGCUGCACUGCGCCGCGGGCGUGAGCCGCUCGGCCGCCCUGUGCCUCGCCUACCUCAUGAAGUACCACGCCAUGUCCUUGCUGGACGCCCACGCCUGGACCAAGGCCUGCCGGCCCAUCAUCCGGCCCAACGUGGGCUUCUGGGAGCAGCUGGUCCACUACGAGUUCCAGCUGUUCGGGAAGAACAGCGUGCGCAUGCUCAGCUCCCCGGUGGGGCCGAUCCCCGACAUCUACGAGAAGGAGGUGCGCUUCAUGAUCCCGCUGUGAGCCCCGCGGCGGCCGGCCAGGCCAAGGCCGAACUCUACCUUCCGUGGGCGCCUUUCUGUGCGACCAAGAAGAGGAACAAGAAGUGAGGACUGUAGCUUUUAACCUUGUAACCCCGAGUCCAGAGAGGCAGCUCACCCUUAGGAAGCAGUGAAGGGUGGCGGGAGGCAGCCGGUACCCUGGACAGAGAGACCCAGUGCCCAGGGCAGGUGGCGGCCCUCCCGCGGGGCGACCGGCCGGGACCGAGUCUGCCACAGUCGCACCUGGUUUGUUGCCAACGCACAGCCAAAGCCUUAAGCGUCGCGGCACCGGCUGCGCCUGCCAACCUGCCGGAGAAGCGAGCUUUGGGGGUGCUCGGGAGCCUUGGCUGGGGGAGCCCCUGGCCCCUGCCUUCCAUCCCGCUGCCAUGGCCUCACUCUGGUUUUCUAGAUCACACUUACGCAUAAGGUAGUUUUCAGAGAAAGCGUCCCACUGAAUAAAAUUUCAACCAAAAACGCCCAA